GUCAUGGCUGAGACUAAACGUGGAAAAUGUUACAUGGUUCCUUUUAACAAAACCUCUUACGCUAAGCCCUCUCAUUCCCAAUCCCAAAAUAAACCCACUGUCGCCGCUCUGCUGCAUUUUUUCUCAGGAACCCCUCUCGCCAUUUCUCCCUCUCACUUAAUCUGUAAUACUCUCUCUCUCUCCUCCAUCAACUCAAUAUUAUUAGCAGCUUGCUGUGAAGAGAGAGUAAGAUGGGGAGGAGGAUAUUGAACGAUGCCUUGAGGGCAAUAGUGAACGCAGAGAGGAGAAGUAAAUCUACUGUGGAGUUACAGCCCAUUUCUACUGUCAUGUCUUCUUUUCUUAAGAUCAUGAAAGACAGGGGAUAUAUAAAAAACUUUCAUGUUUAUGAUCCACACAGAGUGGGAAGGAUAACUGUUGAAUUACAAGGCAGGGUUACUGAUUGUCGAGCUCUCACUUACAGGCAAGACAUUAAGGCAAAGGAUAUAGAAGCUUACAGAUUGCGGAACCUUCCUACACGGCAGUGGGGUUAUGUUGUGGUCACAACUCCGGAUGGUAUAUUGGAUCAUGAAGAGGCUAUCAGUCGGAAUGUGGGAGGUCAGGUUCUUGGUUAUUUUCAUUAGAUGUGUCUUCUGUGUCAUCUUUUCAGAUUGUGAGAACUUGGAAGCUCAAAAGGACCAUGAUGGUUCUUGUUUUCUUUUCUUUUUUAGAAGGGUAAAUUAACUUCAAUUGAAGCCCGUAUCUCCUCUCUCUUUGAAGUGAAAUGAGUUUACUUUAGCUGUAUCUAAAGUAACAGUCAAUGGCUCCUUUAUCAUAUAGUCAAGUUCAGACUUUGCGACCGCCUAGAUGAUAUCAUGGAUGUGGCAAAACAUGUUGCUUGAGAGGUUCAGUAAGAUCGAUACAUGAAACACGAAGGAAAUUAGCUUACCAUGUGUACCUGUUGCAUACUUGAAGCAUUUUGAUUUUGAUUGCCAUUGGGAGCUCUUCAGGCUGAUUAUGCAAAGUAUGGGUAGUUUUCUCGUUUCUUAAAUUCCUCCUGUUUCAGGUCUCAGGUAAAAUCCUAUUUGUUGUGGCUUGGGACCAUGGGAAUUAGCACUCUCAUAACUGAUGCGUUUUGCAGCAAGUCAAUUAAUUUUUGGUAAAACAUCAA